AUGGCCAUGGGGCUCCAACAGCAGCAACACACGCAGGGCUCGCCGCCCAUCCACUUCCCCGGCGACUUUGUUGAGUACGGCCAGCAAUACGACAGCCAAAACCACAGCGACCCCGCCAACUCGCAACGUCAAUCGCGCGGCGAGGGCGGCGGGAAGAGCAACGGCCGUUAUCGAAGGCCCCGUUCCCCCUCGCUCGACGACGAUUCCCGCUUCACCACCAGGCCCAGCGGCGGCGGCGAUGAUCCGCGGGCAACCAGCUCAGACGGUGCCCUACAUGAUGCCGUGCUCGCGCAGGCGCCCCAUCAACAGCAGCGCGUAAUCCCAACAAACGGUCGCGGCGGCGGCCAACCUCGCGCCGCAGGCCCUCGCGCACCCCCCGCCGCCAACGCCUCACAGAACCGCCGCUCCCAGCCCCCUCCGAUCCAGUCCCAGCUGCCGCCCUACAUGGGCGAGAACCCCGACGAAUGGAGCCCGGCAUCCAAGGACGCGGCGGCCGCGGCGGCCGGCUACUCCCGCCGCCGCACGGAGCGCCACGCCCGUCGCCAGUCUUCCACCGGAAGCCGCGCCCCGGGUGCCCCGGAUCCGCCCCAGAUGAGCGGCGGCGCAUCCCCCCGCGGGCCCCCGGAGAGCCAGCAUUCUACCAGAGACAGACUUCCCUCUCAGCAACCACAACAACAGCAACAGCAACAGCAACAGCAGAUCCCCAAUCCGGCGGGUGGUCUGCGCCCACCCUCCCCGCCAGGCGUCAAUGAGAGCGUCCUGAGCGACAUCAGUCGCGUCAACAGCCCCAGCAUCUCCAAAAGCGUCCUCGAACCCCUCCAGCGCAAGAUGCUCGAGUACCACCGCCUGAUGGACGAGGCCCAAGGCCAGAUGGCGCAGUACGACGAGGAGCUCCGCCUCCUGCAGGAGCGCCGGCGCCAGGCGGAGCAGCGCUUCAUUGACGCCAAGGCCAAGCACGACGAGUACGAGCGUCAGCACCUUGAUGUUGAGCGGGCGCUGCGCGGCGAUUAUGCCCCGCCGGCGGCGCCGCCGCCGCAGCCGAUGCCGCAGCAGAACCAGCAGCAGGCGUAUCAGAAUAGUCCGCCGCGGACGGUGCCGAGGCCGGCUUCGAGUCUUAUGAGCUAUGACGAUCGGCCGAUGAGCGGGCAUAGCUCUGUGCCUAGAAAGGGAAAGCUUAGAUUCAGUCUGUUUGGGAGGUAG